AUGGCGGACGCUCAGAAGAACGACGUCGACCAGCAGCAGCAGCAGCAGCAGCAGCAGCAGAAAGCCGAGAAGGAGAAGAAGGAGAAGGAGAAGAAGGAGAAGGAGAAGAAGGAGAAGGAGAAGAAGCAGGAGCAGCAGCAACAACAGCAACAGCAGGUGCAGCAGCCGCAGCAGCACCAGAUGCAACAACAACAGCAGCAGCAGCAGCAGGCCAACCGGAUUUAUUUUCCCAAUGGCACCCAUUGGGUGCCCGAGUCUAAUCGGCGCCUGGCGAUGUUUUUGCGCCACGCUUUGCGAGGCGAUGUGUCUGGGGCUCCGUCUCCGCCCGCCUCCUCCAAGCGCAAGCUCGCCGACGAAAAUGACGAUGACGCUGCCGAGGAGAAGCGCAAGAAGAAGGCGCUGAAGAACAAGAAGCAGCGCGAGAGAAAGCGGGCGAAGAAGAACAACCAACCUCCUCCUCCGCCGCCAGGAGCCGGUGGCUCCGAUGCCACCACCACCACCACAACCACAACCACUACCACCACCACUACCACCACCACCACCACCGACACCGCCCCCAUGUGGGUUUAG